AAUUAUUAAGUCUGUUUUUUGGCAAACUUGUUUCUGGGAUUUAUUCUGUUCUGACAUGACCUGUUGAAUUCCACCAAGCUUUUCGUCCCGUCAGGAGUUUCUUCCAGCGCACGAAUCAAAUCCAGUGCGAAUUCAGUCCAAUUCUCAUUCUCCAGAAUCGGAUGACCAAACUAGCUAAAGAAAAGGGAGAGGUUCGUCGGAGAGCCGCUGUACAUCGUCUGUGAGGUGGAAUGAAAAUAAUGCCACGUAAUUAAUUUGUUGAGUUGUUUUUUCCAGGUAAGCUUAUAAAAAUUAAAAAUGGUAAUUGUUGGACACUUAAACGUGCCAGGUAUGCAAUCUAUCAACGGAAGGACCAUUUGGGUUGUAGGAAAAUAAAGUUAAAGGACCACUUGAGUGCUUUCUGAAGUUUAAGGAUGAAUUAAGUUCUAUAAUGAAAGUUUAAGGACCAAAUUGGGUAUUAAACCUUUCUAGAAGGUUAAAUGCUAAUUUUGGUCCAUUAACUUUAUGAAGUUGCACUUUUUUGGUCCCUCAAUAAUUUUUUGCACUUUUUUUAUCCCUCAACUCUAAGAAAUGCAUCAAACCAUAUUCAUGAAAGAACAAAAGCAGUAACAGAUGGGCAAAGAAGCAAUUCUUAGUGGUGAUGUGGGAUCCAUUUGGACGGAUUUGGCGCAUUUUGGCCACGAACUGUUUCUUAAAGGAAGAGAAGCCAAGAUUGAUUUGGGUAUGGAACCCAAUAGAUCUAGGGUUCCAUUAAACCGAGCUGCUGGGUUCAAUGGAACCCAGAUCAACUAGGUCUAUCGAACCCAAAAGUUAGAGGGCUUUAGGUUAGAAAUGGAGGAAGGGGGUUCUUUUGGUUGAGUCUGGUGUUGAUGGUGGAGAAAAGGAGGGAUUUUUUUGGAAGGAGUCUGUUUUUUUGUAAAGAGAUUGUCAAGGUUGCACAAGGGAUUUCAUUUCUGGAGUGGUUAUCGUUAGGUAUACCUCUUGAUAGAGAAUUUUUGUUAGGAAAAUGGUGAAGGAGAUGGUGGAAGCUUGAUCUCGUGGGUGGAAUUCCUUCCUUCAGAUCCAGAUCUGUUUUUCUUUCAAAAAUUCAUCGUGUUUGUUUUUAUUUUUUUGUGGGUGUUUGUUCUUUUUAGAUCUGAUAUUAAGAUUGUAUGUGUUUUGUUGGAAAAUGAAUGAAAAAAAAAAUUGUUC